AUGUUGUCUACAUUUGUGUUUGACGUUUGUCUUUCAGAGGAAAUGGAGGAAGAAGCAGCAGCUAACUAUGCUAAUGCUCCAGCACGCACUGGGAAGAAAAUGGCCGCUCGCCCAGGCCAGUGGGUUCGCUGCUUCUUUCAGACUUUUCUACCCAUAGCAGUGUGUUGGCUGAUACUGUUGGUCAUCAUGGGCCUCCGUAUCUACUUUACCAAUUGCAACCUCAACAACAGUAUCUCCGAAAAACCGAUCACAGUCCUGACCGCAUUAAACCAGGAGCUGGAGACACGAAACCAGGAGCUGGAGACACGAAACCAGGAGCUGGAGACGGAGCGGAAGAACUGUACAGGACCGAUACCAAACAUCAGUCGAGCUCAGUGGAGCAUCGAUGAAUACUGCCCCAAAGUACAGAACGUUUCAGAGAGACUAUGUAGACCUUGUCAGAAGGACUGGAGACUCAUCGGGUCCAGCUGCUAUCUGUUUGCUGGUCCUCCUGAUCUGAAAACCUGGGAAGAAGCUCGAGAAGACUGCAGAGCACGGAGUUCAGAUUUGGUUGUUGUAGACAGUCAAGGUGAACAGAAUGCACUCAGAUACUGGACUGGUCUGAGAGCUGAAGGAGGGAGAUGGAAGUGGAUCGAUGGAAGUGAUCUGACUGAAAGCGACUGGAUCCAAGACCAACCUCCUAGUGACGGUCAGUGCGUGGUUUCUGUCCAAGACAAAAGAUGGCAAAGGUUCAGAUGGGUGUCAGUGAGCUGUGUUGACAGAAGACCAUGGAUCUGCCAGAAGAAGUCUUUAUCUGUUUAA